AUGCCAUCCACCUCCAAAUAUACGUCCAAACUCGCCGGAACUGCCGUCCUCAUCGUCGGCGGCUCGUCCGGUAUCGGCUUCGGCGUGGCCGAGGCGCUGGUCGAGAACGGCGUAGGCCACAUCUACCUCUCGUCGUCGCAGUCCAGCAAAGUGGCCGCGGCUGUCGAGAGGCUCAAGGCGGCGUAUCCGACCGAAACGGCAAAGACCACCACCGUCACAGGCCUGACCGUCGACCUGGCCGACGAAGUCCACGCCGAAGACAACGUGCGCAACCUGUUCGCCCAGAUCGACCGUAAGCUUGACCACAUUGUCUUCACCGCCGGGGACGCGUUGGCCCCCAGCUCGCUCGACGAUGUCACCCUGGCCUCGGCGCGGAAGCUUGGUCAGGUGCGCUUCUUUGGAGCCGUGCUGGUGGCCAAGUACGGCAGCCGCGUGCUCAAUCCGGGCCCUGCCUCAUCCAUCACAUUUACCACAGGCGCGGCCGCAGAAAAGCCGACGCCCGGCUGGAGCGUGAUCGCUAGUUAUGCCAGCGCCCUGUUCGGCCUGACCCGUGGCCUCGCCCUUGACUUGAAGCCCGUCAGAGUCAAUCUUGUCAGCCCGGGCGCCGUCGAGACCGAGCUCUGGGACGGCUUCGGCCCGGCCAAGCCCGAGGCCCUGGCCCAGUUUGCCAGCAAGACAACCACCGGCAAGGUCGGCGCGGUUGAGGACGUCGUCGAGGGUUAUCUCUUCGCGAUCAAGGACAAGAAUGUCACUGGAACCAUCAUCAGGACGGACGGCGGUCUAUUCUUGGUUUGA